GUCAAAUCCUUUUCCUAGGGAUUCUAGGGAUCCCGUGAUCUCAAUUAUUCAUCGUAUAUCGUGCGGUCAGAAAUCAUUUCAAAAUUUAAAAUUUAAUAUAAAUAAUACCUAAUGAAAACUGACCGUAAUAUAUACAAUGAACGAAUAAGAUCAUAUGAUCUCUAGAAAAAAGAUUCGGCGAGAAUCAUUUUCCAUUGUGUUGUACCACAUUGAAUUGUAAUACUAUGUGGCAGUACGAUAGUUCCACUAAACCGGUGUUUAUUGAGCUUCUUUACUUGGGUGUGAAGUUUUUUUUUUUUUUUUUUUUUGUUGAAAACCACUUAGGUUUGAAGUUUGGACCCGGUUUAAACCUCAAAGAUGCACACUUUUCACGCAGUUCAUAAAAGUCAAAAAACUUUAAGCCCUCCUCCUCGAUCGCGGCAAGAAACACAGCCAACUGCCAGAUUCGUCGACAUGGCAGCAAAAACCUCCAUUGCCAAAACCAUAACCAAGCUUUAUUAUUCGAGUGGGUCCCAUUCCUCUCACCCCAAACAUCUGGCCCCACUCUCACUAUCUUCCUCCUUCUCCAGCUCCUCCCCUAAUGCUGCUUCCCCAGCAGCCGAGUCUCAAUCAACCAUCUCUUCCCAAGCUCCAGGGAGGGAAAGGUCGAGAUUGUCGAGAUGGUUGCUGUUUCUUCCUGGAGCUAUCACUUUUGGGCUUGGGACUUGGCAGAUUAUCAGAAGGCAAGAGAAGAUUAUAGACAGAAGAGGUUGGAAUUGGAACCUUCAAAUGCAAAGGGUAUUUUGAUGAGAAAAGGUCGAUCUACGUGGGCACUCGUUCAAGAAGCAUUUCUGGUGUGACCGAAAAUGGCUACUAUAUCGUCACACCUCUUAUCCCGGUCCCAUACAAAGAUGAGAGGUAAAAGCUGUUGGAGUUUCAUGUACUUCAUGAACCUUACUUCUCUCUUUUAGGUGCUUAUAGUGGUUUAGAAUUAACAGGGUGUUACAUUACAUCGGAACAUUUACGAGUUCUCCCUGCUUGGUAUUCCAGGAUCUCACAUCACAUUAAACUAACUGUUUCCGGAUCUAAUGUAGCUUCAUACGAAGAAAUUGAUGCCCCAGAGUAAUUGAGUUGUCAAGUCAAUUUGCUUAUCGAACUGUUAGAUUCUUGAUGGUUGGAAACUGGAAAAUAUUUGGGGGUGGAUAUUGGCUGUUUCGCCAUUAAACCGCUCGUUCCAAGCUGAAUUUUUGCAGCCAAAAACAAUAAGGUUUCUAGCGUCGCAGCCAGGAAACCAAAAGCUAAACUCGCUAAUUUGAAGAUUUAUAGCUCUGUAAGAAGGGUUGAGAUUUUGGCUUUAGCUUCUUUCAACUGUUUGUGCUGCCCUCGUAGCGAUGACAUAAACGCUAUGAGGUACGAUGUAAAAUAAUGAUUAGAAUUCUACGGCAUUUUUGUUUCGGGGUAUUCUUUGUAUUUAAGCCCGAAGGCACAAACAGCUGUUUGUUUUGACGAUAUAAAAGAUGAAAGGGAUAUGAUUUCCGCACAUCCUAUUUAUCUCUCUAACUCGAUUUUCUUGUUUUACAACACUUCAUCUUUCCAUUUUGGUUAAGA